AUGGCUGUGGUCAACCAACCAGGCAAAUAUGAAACUUCUGAAUUCCAGACAGGCGUGUUAGAUUGCUGUGAUGACAUUGGGAUUUGCUGCUUUGGCUAUUGGUGCUACUGUUGCCUCGGCUGUUCCAUUGCCAGUGACAUGGGCGAGUGUUGCCUGUGUGGUCUGGGCAUGCCCAUCCGUAGCGUCUACAGGACCAAAUACAACAUCAAGGGCUCCAUGUGUAACGAUUAUAUGAUGGCCAUGUGCUGCCCCAUCUGCACCACCUGCCAGCUGAAGAGAGAUAUCAACCGGCGCAAGGAGCAGGGCAUUUUCUGA